UCCAUGAAAUAAGAGACAUGCUGCAACAUGUGUACGCCCAGAAUUAUGAAGACAGAUUGAAAACUAAGUCUGAUGACUUACACACCAUUGCUCUUCAAUUCCGAAUCUUAAGGCAACAUGGAUUUGAUGUGUCAUCAGAGGUUUUUAGAAGUUUUCAAGAUGAGAAAGGGAAUUUUGAUUUGGAUGAUACAAAGGGAAUUCUAUCAUUGUACGAAGCAUCGUUUCAUUCAAUGGAAGGUGAAACUAUACUUGAGGAAGUUAGAGAUUUUUGCAGUAAUUAUCUGAAACAAUUUGUGAAGAAGGAGGAGAAAGAUAGUGAUGAUAUAUCAGCAAUGAUCAGUCAUGCACUGGAGAUUCCCCUACACUGGAGGAUUCCCAGACUUGAAGCUCCAUGGUUCAUUGACUUAUACCAGAAAAGCAAUGAUGUGACCCCUGCCUUGCUUAAGCUUGCUCGUUUGGAUUUCAAUGUUGUCCAAGUCACCCAUCAACAAGACUUAAAAUAUACAUCAAAGUAA